UCAUUGUAGACGAUUAAAGUGGAAGACUUUUCUGGUCAGCUUUAUGGUGGACGCGAGGGGUGGGGCGAUGAGAGGGUGCAGACAUUCUGGCGUUCGGGUCAUUAUUCCUCCGCGAAAGGCACCGAUGCCUAUGAGAAUCACGUGUCGAUACCUGAGGAAAGAGAAACUCAUUCAUCCGCCGCCACUCAUGGAGGGCGAGGCCUGCGCUUCUCGUUUGCUCGAAGUGGGACCGGCGGGCGCUAAGUUCUUGGGACCUGUAAUCAUAGAAGUGCCGCACUUCGCAUCCCUGCGCGGAAAGGAAAGAGAGAUAAUCAUAUUGAGGAGCGAUAACGGAGAGAAUUGGAAGGAACACACACUCGAGGCCUCCGAAGAAGCGGUUCAAGAAGUGCUGAACGAGAGCUUUGAAGGAGAGAAUGAUGUGAACACAUUGGAUGACUUCAACAGCAAUCGUAUAACACGAAUUUUGACGACAGACUUUCCGCAGUACUUCGCUGUCAUCACUCGUAUCCGUCAAGAAGUGCACGCAAUCGGACCGGAAGGAGGAAUGGUGUCGUCGACUGUUGUACCGCAAGUUCAGGCCAUCUUUCCCGAGGGAGCGCUCACUAAGAAAAUAAAAGUCGGACUACAGGUAGGAAACAGUGAUUGCAUUGAAGUGAUUGAACCGAUCGAUGCCAUCAAUAAAAAGCGGGGAAUUUUCUAUGAGAUCGGAAACGGAAUCAGAAAACGUUUCAGUAAAAGAUCAAAACAAAAGCCGUUGAAUAACGAAACAGUGCCUCAAAAGCAAACAAAAUGCGAUAAAAACAAACGCAAAGACAAAAGCACUCAAACAGAGCGCCCGAAAAAGUCUAAAAAGAGUUGCAAAAAGUUUAAAUUAAAUAAUGAGAUAAAAGAGGACGAGAAGCCCGAGUUUCGGUUCCGUCAGCCGCCGAGUGGCGGAUGUUUUACCAGAUUGUUAGUGAGAACAGCGGUUCCCAAUCUCGAUGUCAUAUCCAGAAUGAUGUGA